ACAAUUCUGUCACAUCCACCUCCUACCCCCAAGCCUUGGAGCCGCGAAACCCGUCUUCUUCAUGGGCUCGCCCUAGUCCUUACUGGACUGUGCUCCGUCGUCGCGAACAAUUAAGUGGCAUACUUCCGGUUGCCGUGCGUCUCUAGUCGUGAUCGGGCGCCCUUGGCCCCGGCAAGGUUCAUCCCCAGCUGCAGCUGCUAUGCUGCACGGAAGUUUUUUGCCCUCCCUGUUUCGAGCGCAACUCCUGGUCAAGGAGGUAUCCUCUCAGGGUCCAGCGCCAGGCCGACUACAGGUUCAGGAAAUCGUCAUGCUCGAUUUAAGUGAGGAUGUCCCCCCUUCUGGGCCCAGGCCUGGAUUGUUUCUUUUCACUCUCUUCUUCAGACGACUUGUCCUGUGUAAUACGCUCUUUUGCCUUUUUCCAUCGUCUCGGUGUGAUUUUACGUCCUUGUUCAUUCUCUUAAUCACGAGCAGGCCCUCGCCUUUUUUGAAAGCAUCUCUAUUGCCAGGCUCGCCACGGUCAUUCAGGAAUACCGAUAAUAUAUCGAAAAGCUCCCGUAAAAAAGGAUCAUCUAACGUUUAAUUCCCCAAAUCCUUCGAAAGAAAAACAAAAAACCAGUCAAUAUGAAGUACGCCACAGCUCUUUCGGUUGCCGUUGCGCCUCUGGCCAUCGCUAAAGCCGUCAAUAACGUCUACCCCCAAAAGAGGUCCAACCACAAGCAGGAAUUAGAAAACCUCGCGGGCCUCGCGGGCCUCGGUGGAGGGAUCAACCUUGGUGUUUCGUUAGGACAGUCGACUCAGGUCAUCGUCAUCUGGGCGAACCCUGGAAACGACGCUAAGACGACGACGCUGCACGAGCAAGUCACCGUAACCCAGACCGUCACCGCUGGCGCGGAAGCAACAGCGAUCGGAACCGGAACCCUCGCCGCCGGAGCUACCACCACAGCUGCUGCUGGCGCGGUAGCGACCCACACCGUCCAGGUCGGUGGCUCCGCCGGCUUGGUCUUCGUCCCCGAUCAAGUCAAGGCCAACGUCGGCGACAUGGUCAUCUUCGAAUUCAUGAACGCAAACCACACCGCUACCCAGUCCACCUUCGCCGAGCCCUGCAAGGCCAUGGAGGGCGGCAUGGACUCCGGCUUCCAGCCCAACCCCAACAACACCGUCAACCCGCCUCCCAAGGUCGCCAUGCAAGUCAUGACGAGCGAACCUCUAUGGUUCUACUGCAAGCAGAAGGGCCACUGCGGCAAGGGCAUGACCUUCUCGAUCAACCCCACGGCCGAGAAGUCGCAAGCCCUGUUCCAGGCCAAGGCGAUCCAGCAGAACGGUUCCGGCGCCGGCAGCGCCAUCACGGGCAACGCGACGGAGCCCGCCGUCGCCGCGCCCGCCGCCUCCUCGGGCAGCGAGACCGCCCCCGCCGCUCCGGGCGUCACCCAGGGCACGGGCACCAUCCAGAACGGCGCCUGCGUGUGCGCCGUCCAGUGCAGCACCGGCAGCUUCCCUGUCAACGCGGCCCAGGGCGUCGGCGCUUUCGGCGGCUUCGCGGGCGGUCUGCCCGCGAGCAUGAUGGAGGCUAUUUAAACAGAAGUAGUGGUAGCGGGGAAAGGGAGACAAACAAACAAGCAAACAAACGGCGUCUGGGGAAUUACGACUGAUACCAAUGGCUAGCUAGUAAUUGUCGCCGAGGAUCUGAGAUGAUUCUGAUAUAUCUGAGGCGGAGGAGGGGGGUUUUCUUUUAUUAUUGACACACCUGAAUGAUUAGACUUCUUCUUUUUUUUACUAUUAUUCACCUGGCAAUUAGGGAUUCUUUUUAUUUUUAUUUUUUUUGUUCAAGAGAUAUGACUGGAUCGUACACUAGGUAUAUAUAUAGGUGCACUUAAUAAGGUCAUCAGAUCAAGUAUAAAAAUAUACCAAUACUUAAUUCAAGAUGAUGUUUGCGCCUUAC